CUUGCAUUAAUGAAAAAACUGUUAAUAAAGUUAAGAGGGGCAAAAGCGGAAGCCAAACUCCCAUCUUUCUCGAGUCAAACCUGUUGACGAACUGAUCCCGACGCCGGAGCACCUCUCCUCCUCUCAACUCGCCGCCGCCGAUGACUUCUUCUCUCCUGCUAUGGCAAAUAAAUCUCUGAGGAAGAAAUCGGAAAAGCGUCCAGCAAAUCCCAGCCCGACUAAUCUCACCACCAGUCCCUCCCGGCCUUCUGCCCGGUCGUUUGCCAAAUAUAAGAUGGCCGUUUUGCUGAUUUCAGCUGUUGCUUUUGCGUUUGCUCUGAUUUUUCUCUGCAUUUCGUCGAACAUGGGUAGCGUCGUCGGUGUGGAGCCGAGUAUUGAUCGGAUUUACGACGUUACAGUUGUGAAUGAGUUUCCUCACGAUCCAAAUGCCUUCACUCAGGGGCUCUUGUACGCAGGGAAUGAUGCUCUUUUUGAAUCUACUGGGCUCUAUGGACAUUCAUCAGUUCGGAAAGUUGCUAUUCGGACAGGGAAGGUUGAGGCUAUCCAUAAGAUGGACUACUCUUACUUUGGGGAGGGUUUGACCCUUCUUGAUGACAGGUUGUUUCAAGUCAAUUGGAUGACAAAAACUGGUUUCAUAUAUGACAGAAAUAACUUGAGUAAAGUUAGCACGUUUAUUAAUCGAAUGAAAGAUGGUUGGGGGUUGGCAGCUGAUGGACAAGUUCUAUUUGGAAGUGAUGGAACAUCAACAUUGUAUCAGAUUGACCCUCAGACAAUGUUAGUUAUUAGAAAUCAUACUGUCAAGUAUAAAGGCGAUGAAGUACAUAACCUGAAUGAACUAGAGUAUGUUGCUGGUGAAAUAUGGGCAAAUGUUUGGCAGACUAACUGCAUAGCAAGAAUCUCAGGAAAAACUGGUCUUGUCUUGGGAUGGAUAUACCUUCCAAAAUUGAGGGAAGAGCUAAUCGCGUCUGGAAACACGGGAAUUGAUGUAUUGAAUGGUAUCGCCUGGGAUCAGGCGCAGAACCGGAUUUUUAUAACUGGGAAGUUAUGGCCCAAGCUGUACGAGAUAAAGCUGCAACGGUUCAAGAAGCCGUUCAAUGGCGACAUCAAGAGGCUCUGCAUGCCGCCUGCAGCCCAUUUUGAAAGAAGACCUUAGGCUUCCUACAGCUCUGCAAAUUCAUGUCAAAUUUAUCUUUGAUAAACAAGAGAAUAAGUAUUGAUAUAUAACAAAAUUUACUAUCCAUGCAACUUACUAGUAUAUUAAUAAAACAUGAAUUAAAUCAA